GGAUGUGGCGGGGGCAGACGCGGGGGGAGGGGGACAGAGGAGAGGCUGAGCAGGGCUGGAGACAGCUAAGGCCGUAAGAACGGCCAUCGCGGUUAGAUCAAUGGUUCAUCUAGUCCAGUGUCCUGCCUUCAGAACUGGGCAUCUUGGAUUUUGUGCAACAGAGUGAAAAACAGUGGAAUAAGCAGUGAAACUUCCUUAAUCUGAUUGACUUGAGUUCCUUUGUUGGAACAAAGGUAAACUGGUAGAAGAUGCCAACUGGGAAAGUUUUGCAACCUGUACUAAAAAUGAAAGUGGAUGAACUCUUCCUGUGCUGGCUCAGUCAGCCUACAACCCAGUUGAUGUUAAAGGAUUGUUUGAGAAGGAUCAAGAAUGAAGAGAAGACUGAAAUUGGUAGUGGAGAUGCUGGGGACAGUGAACCUCUCAUUUUUACUAAUAAAACCUCCAAAUCUAAACAAAGUAUGCUAGAUAACCUGAUAUCUCCUUUGGUGACUCCUUCCAGUCCUCCUCAUCUUUCCACAGCUCUCCCCCUGGGAACUUCAACUAGCCCAAGAAACCUAUCUAAUAUUAGAGGAAUACGUAGAUCUACAGGGACAAGAACAAAAGGCUCUGCUAUUUACUUGGACUCGAGUGCCUGGACUGGCUCUCACAGAUAUUAUAUGAAAUCUGAAAGCAUGAGGAUAAAAGAGAUUUCCUUGCGGCAAGAUCCUGAUCUAAGAAAGGAGUUGGCAUUGCUAGCUCGAGGAUGUGAUUUUGUUUUACCUUCUAGAUUCAAGAAGAGACUAAAAGCUUUCCAGCAGGUCCAGGUUCAGACAAAGAAAGAAGAACCUUUGCCGCCAUCACUGAGCCAAACCAUUCCAACAUUUUAUUUUCCCCGAGGAUGUCCAAAAGAAAAAGUGAAUAUAGAUGCAGUGAUUGCCAAAAUAGAGAGAACUUUCUCUCAGUUUCCAAAUGAGAGAGCAAGAUUAGAAGACAUGGGCAAAGUUGCAAAGGCCUGUGAAUGCCCACUUUACUGGAAAGGCCCCUUGUUUUAUUGUGCUGGAGGAGAACGAACAGGAUGCGUCUCAGUUCAUAAAUUUGUUGCAAUGUGGCGAAAAAUACUACAGACCUGUCAUGAUGAUGCGGCAAAGUUUGUUCAUCUUCUGAUGAACCCUGGAUGCAACUACUUGGUGCAAGAAGACUUCAUUCCAUUUUUACAAGAUGUGGUGAAUAGUCAUCCUGGCCUAUCAUUUUUAAAAGAAGCAUCCGAAUUUCAUUCUCGUUACAUUACCACAGUUAUACAAAGGAUAUUUUAUACAGUAAAUAGGUCUUGGUCUGGAAGAAUCACGUGUAAUGAACUCAGGAAAAGCAGCUUUUUGCAGAAUGUGGCAUUAUUGGAGGAAGAAGCGGAUAUUAACCAGCUGACAGAGUACUUCUCUUAUGAGCACUUCUAUGUCAUCUAUUGCAAAUUUUGGGAGCUGGAUACAGACCAUGACCUCUAUAUUGAUCCAAAGGAUUUAGCCCGGCAUAAUGAUCAUGCUAUAUCAAACAGGAUGAUAGAGAGGAUAUUUUCAGGAGCAGUAACAAGUCAACACAUUUGCACUUUCAGCGAAGGGAUGAAUUACAGCUCAAUCAGUUUAUAUUUUUUAAUAUUUUACUACUUAUCUCUUAAUCUUUUCCCAGAGAAAAUUACUCUCCAUGACUUAAAGAAGUGUAAGUUAGCAAAUGUGUUCUUUGAUACCUUUUUCAACAUUGAAAAAUACCUUGACCAUGAGCAGAAGGAUCAAUUUUCUAUGUUGAGGGAUGGUGAAAAUGAAAGCCAAGAGAUUUCUGACUGGGAGAAAUAUGCUGCUGAAGAGUACGAUAUCCUGGUAGCUGAAGAGGCAGCUAGCGACCAGUGGAAUGAUGGUUAUGAGGCAGAGCUGAAUCCUGUAGACCAUCAGAAGGCCAAUGUCCUAAAAUUUCAGAUGGAGAAAAGACCUUUCUUUGAAAUGCCAUCCCAUCUAGCUGAUGUAGACUUGGAUGACUAUGAUUAUGAAGAGGACUUUGAGUGAUUCUGAUCAACACUUGCAGAAGAAGGAAAAGGACAGUCUGCAGCAGGUCUGCUACACAUGUAUAAAAAUUCAGUGGAUUUGUCUUGAGAGAAAAUAAACUUAGUUCUUUGUGCUACAAAAUUAAUCAUUAGGUUAUCAUUUAAAGAAAAUGAAGUGUAUUUGUAUGGAAUGACAAAACUUUUUUGUAUUUAUUCAGUAGUUUAUAGCUUGUAAAAUAGAUUAAAAUAUUUAUUUAUAGAUGUUGCAUAAUUCCUUAACGGAAGAGUAACCAUAUUUAAGUUCUUCUCUAAAGUACUCUAUUGGUUUUAAGAGAUGACUAUAUAAUUCUCUCUAGAGUUGAUACAUAGUGCACUGACCACCUUCAUCCUGUAUCUGUGAACCGAAGUCCCUGUGCUAGGAUGGGAAAUAAGGAGAAUGCUUGUGCUUUCAUGGCAAAAAUCUAGUAAUGGUAUCAUUGUUAAAGAGAAUGAGAGUAGCUGUGAGUGAAUGAUUUGGCUCAGUAUUUGAGAGUAGUUUCAUUGGACAAGCCGAAUAUAUUAGUGUACAACGUACACUAUUUAAUGCUAAAACAAGCUUCUCCUCUUUCCUUUCCACCCCCUCAUUUUAUUUGCCCCAAC